GGUCUGGUCCAGCUAACAUUAGCUGACUGACCUGCUUGGCUCAGAGGCUAGACGGAUUUCACGGAUAACAAUGUUUCAUUUUUAAGCCUGAUAACGUUAAACCGAAACGCUGGAUGGUAACCGGGAAGACAUAACUGGAACGGGAAGCCGUCAAUGCCAAGAAAGAGGAUCCAUGGCAAAGUGGCUGAAGGACUACCUAAACUUUGGCACCAGGCGUGACCCUCCGCAGCCCCCGAGGCCAGAUUACACUGAGAGUGAGAUUUUGAGGGCCUACAGAGCUCAGAAGGAGCUAGAUUUUGAGGAUCCAUACCAGCACUCUGAUAAGGAGCAUCAGAAUGGUGGUUUCAGCCCCUGUAGUGCCACAGUGAGCCUCCCCUCCUUCCCUGCAUUUGGUUCAGUGCUGCCUAAUGGCGUGGAGGUGAAAGUGGUGUCUCCCAAGCACAGACUAAUUAAAGUGGACUCUCAGGAGUUUGGCCGCUGUAAAGUCCCCCUGAGUCCUGUGACUGUUCAAGAGGAGCCUGUCGUUCCCUCUGCCCCUGCAGCGUUGGACGCUGACACAGACUACUCUGAUCCAUUUGAUGUUCGUCCAGACCCAAGAGGCAGACCAAACUGGGAGCCUAAAUCUGCACCAACAGACUGCUGCAGCUACAUGGAGCCAUUUGAGGCCCAAAGGAUCAUCUCAGAACUGCAGCACAGCAUGAUAACUAACAGAUCUGGGAGUGGAGAUGGCGGGCAGUUAUAUGAUAACCCAUAUGAGGAGAGGACUCGUCACCACCACCGAGCUGCCCCUCCGGCACAACAACAGAUUCAGAGGGUUGAGGGCGGACUUGCCCAAAUCGACAGCAGAGAGAGCAGGCUUCCUCAGGAUGAUGAGAGGCCGGCUGAUGAAUACGAUCAGCCCUGGGAGUGGAAGAAGGACAACAUUUCUAAAGCUCUAGCAGUUCAGUUCGAGGGGGCAGAAAGGGAGCGCUCACGAGCUCAGACAGAGCAGACCAGGCUCACCAAGACGGGCACUACACCAACCACAGCUGACUCAACUACACUCCGUCUAGUUGGUGACACUCCACCUCUCCUGGGAGAGAGAGUGGACCCAUCUAUGCCACUCGAGAGACAAGUGUGGUACCAUGGAACCCUGAGCCGCUCGGAGGCAGAGACUCUACUGACGCUGUGCAAGGAGAGCUCCUACCUGGUGAGGAACAGCCAGAGCUGCAGGAACGACUAUUCGCUGUCACUCAGGAGUUGUAAGGGCUUCAUGCACAUGAAGUUCACUCAGUCUGCAGACGGGCGUUACGUGCUCGGGGAGAACAGCCCUCCCUUCUCCACCAUCCCAGAGGUCAUCCACUACUACACUACACACAAGCUGCCAAUCCGAGGAGCCGAGCACAUGUCCCUACUGUAUCCUGUCAUAGUGCAGACCCUCUGACACUGACACCCUCACACGCUCCUUCUCCUGGUGCUACUGAUACAAUGUAUACUCAAUAUUUACCCUUUUUUGCCCCUUUCCCUUCCUACACGCCUUUACACUUCAAUUCUACCUGCACUGCUCAUAAGAGAUUGGACUGUUUGGUGCCAUGUUUUCCGUUUACCAUAACCCCAGUAACUACACUGGCAGCUUAAUAAGAGAGCUUCUUGUCUCAUAGAUACACGCCUGUGAACUGGUUUUGCCACUGAAAUCCGUGUAUUUUAAUACCAUGGACUCCUGAGAAUCAGCCAUCAUUAAUAUUAAGAGUGGUAGCUGAGUACUUUCAUGAUUGCAUGAUUUCUCUUUGACUGUAUUGCAGAGAUAGACUGUACUGCCAGGUCACUUAAAGGAUAAUGGUGGUGUUUUGGUUUGGUCUGUGCCAAUCAUAUAGGUUGACUUUUCAGCCAAGGCAGCGGUUAUUUUCUUGUGAAUUGUAUCUUUUAAAGUGACAAAAAAAAAACAAAGUGAUGAAUAUGAAGGCGUGGGGAUUUAAACUAGAUGUAGACAGUAGACAAUGCAGUAAAAAAAAAGAAAAAAAGCGUAACUCCAAACUACACUGUUAUUAUCCUUUUGGGUGUUAGUUUCAGUAUCAAGCAAACCCCACAUAUUUAACCUUGGCCAUCUCUGGGUUUCUCUAUGUAUCAGAGGCCUGUGAAUGUUAUCUGAUGCUGUAGCUGCGAGCCCUGCGGUGUCCUCCUCAGUUCAUGUUACUGUAUGUGUGAACGACAACAAAGUGACGGUAUCAACGACUUGUUAACUUCACACAGUAACAGACUUCUGCAAUACUAGUUUAGAGAGUAAUAAGUACAGUAUUAUAUUGAAAGCUUGUGGCUUUGUGAUCAUGACUAUUAAAGAAGCUUUGGUAGAUUAUUUACUGUUAUUUGCUGUUUUAUAAGAUUUUAAAUGUGUGUUGAAAAUAAAGGU